AUGAACAAAUACCCCUACAACUUGAGGCAACGAAAAUUAGCCGAUGACGAAGAAGUCUCAUUAGGUGGUGAGGAAAUUAAUUUCUUUGAUGCAAGUAGUGUUAACAUGGCCGAGAUGGAAAAUAUGUUAGCACAAAUGCAAGCUUUACAACAUGAAGUCAACACUCUUCGAGAGUCUCAAGCAAAUGUGAAUGAUGCAUCAAGAUCAAAUCUACAAAAAGUUCACAUUCCGAAAUUCAACAAACACAAUUCCCAUUUGUGGCUUGCACAAAUUGAGAGAUCAUUUGCUUUGUGUGCCAUCACAUCAGACUCGGCCAAAUUUGAUCUUGUCUCAGUACGUCUGGAGGAUGAAAUACUUUUAUCCAUUGAGGACCUGAUAGCAAAUCCUCCUCAAGUUAAUAAAUUUGAUACAUUAAAAGAACGUCUCUUUGCUGAAACUUCUGAAUCUAAAAUACGACGUUUGCUGCAGGGUUGUGAAAUCGCAGGAACAAAACCUUCAGAAAUUUUAUCGACUAUGAAACGUCUAGCUCCGUGUAAACAAAAUGAAGCAAUUAUUCGCACACUAUUUCUGGGUAAGAUGCCAGAUUCAAUUCGUCCUAUAUUAUCAGUGUGUAAAGACGAUGAUUUGGAAAAACUUUCCGAAACGGCCGACAAAAUGCUAGAUGCUAAUUACAAUGUGGCAAGUUCCGUAACAGUAGCACCUUUACGUUACGACGCAAAUGUUCCUGUGGAUGCAGUUGCUCCCCAUAUGAGUUUUUCCGACGUUUGCCAAGCGAUAAAAAAUUUAACAGAUGAAGUUAAAAAAAUUCAACUACAACAAAACGAUAAUAGAGGCAAAUUUAAUCGACAACAAUCAACUGAAACGCAAUUAUGCUGGUAUUAUACAAAAUUUUGUGAUGCAGCCCAACAUUGUAAACCAAACUGUCCCCGCUGGACUUUUUAA